AUGUGUUCAGCCAUCAUCUUGAAGUUCAGAGCACCUGGUUCUUCCACUGGGCUCAUCAGCACUGACAUCAGAUGUGAGGAGAAACUCCCAGGAGAAGCUCUGAGGGAUUGCCUCAACCCUCAGAACUUCAAAAUGCUCGUCCAUCAGGUGGUGGUGGAAGUGACUGGUUUGGGCACUGAUUUUGCAUUUCAGGCAACCAAGCUCAUCAAUACACUGAAUAUUGGUUUUGGACACAGAGAAAGGGCAGCCAUUGCCUGGACAGCAAAUGCUCCCCCAUCCAUUGAAGAGAUUGAAGUUGAUCCAACUAAGGCUGGUGAAGUUCGAAUUAAUGUAAAUAUAAAUGAGACUUUUAGCAGCAGUAUUCUUUCUCCAAAUGGAUUAAUGUUAGAUGGAACCAGAUUUACCUGCAGAGGAAGGCAGAUUUAUCAUCUUUAUGGCACUAGCACAUUCACUGAAUAUACUGUUAGGCGUGAAACUGCAGUGGGUAAAAUUGAUGCUGCUGCUCCCAAGGAUAAAGUCUGUAUCAUAAGCUGUGAGGUGCCUACAGGCUUUGGACCUAUGUUUAACACUGCAAAGGUAAGACCCCCCUCUCCCUACAUGGUCUUUGGACUUGGAGGAAUCUACUCAGCCAUUGUUAUGGCAUGCAAAGCCUUUGCUUCUGGGAUCAUAAGAGUUGACAUCAAUGAGGAGAAAUUUCCCCAGGCAAGAGCAUUAGGGGUCACUGAUUGUCGCAACCCUCAGAACUUCAAGAAGCCCAUCCAGCAGGUAGUGGUGGAAAUGAUGGGCUCUGGGGUCAACUUUGCCUUUGAGGCCAUCAGACUCAGUGAUACUAGGGUCAUGGUUUUGGAGUCAUGCCAUCUGAGCUAUGGAGUACACAUGAUUAUUGGAGUAGCACUGUCAAAUGCACAACUCUCCUUUGACCCAAUGCUGAUUUUCUCUGGGAGAACCAUAAAAGGUGAUGUCAUGGGAGAGUUUAAAACCAGAGACUUUAUUCCUAAACUGUUAACUGACUACUUAAAAAAAAUUAACAUAGAUCUACUUAUAACCCAUAAACACACUGGAAAAGCAGAGUUGAAUGAAAUCCAGAAGACUACAGAUUCAAGGCAUAGAGACCUCAUUUCUGACUGGAAGACUGGGGGAGCCCUCGGGGAGCAGGUCAGCCCUAAGCUGAGCCUUGGGAGCUUACAGAACUACAACAUGAACAACAGGGUAAAAGACACUGUAGAAAUUGGAACUGUGUGUAAGAACCCAUAA